GUACAGUGACGUUUCUGACGUGUCCAUAUUCAAAAAUUGUAAAACUUACAUACAUAUUUUGUUUAUUUUUGCGGAUUUGUUAGCAUUGAAGAUGAGGAAGCUGAAGGGUCCCGUCAAAGAGACAGCUAGGCAGAAAAGGGAAAGAAAACAAGAAUUCGCGAAAAUGCGAAAACAAAUACAUACGAUUGUGUUACCAACUGUCGUUGUAAUAUUUUUAUUAAUUUGUGUGUACGUGUAUAUUAAAACUCGACCGUCGACGAUGCACGACGCAUAGCAGUAACUUUAUUAUGUAAAUAGAAUAUACAUUCUUGACUUAUUCUGGGGGUGGUUUUUCAAGUUGUGAUUGGGACUCAAUGUGGUAGCAAGUGAGAGACUUUGUGCUAUAUGUUUAUACUAUGUUUAUUACAGAAACAUUCCAAGUUUUACCAAGCAUAUCAAGGUGUUGUUUAAUAAAAAUAUUUAUUGAAAUAAAAACAAAAAAAAA